AUGCUCUACCGGUCUUAUCCACAUUUACAAUCCGGCUCAUAUCUUCAGCUGGCUUGGUCACGCUUCAAGGAAACCGGACACACGUUUACAUUCUACCAGCUAGGGACCGAGAAGAUCCUCACAAUUGAUCCCGAAAACAUCAAAGCGGUGCUGUCAACCCAAUUCAGUGACUUUGCUCUUGGUAAUGAAAGGGCGGAGCAUUUUGAGCCUUUUAUCGGACAUGGCAUCUUCACCGCCGACGGCGAGGCAUGGCAGCGCUCAAGACAGCUCGUGAGACCUUGCUUCCGAACCGACGACUUGAGUGGUUUGGCUAGGUUUGAAGAGCACGUCGUCAAUCUCCUCGUGGGCCUUCCCAGGGAUAGGGAAGCCAAAGUCGAUCUUCAAGAACUCUUUCUACAUCUGACCAUCGACAUCGCGAGCGAGUUUCUCCUUGGCCAAUCGAAAUCCCUCCUAAAAGGAAAAAACAUCGAGCAAGGAAAGUCAUUCGCCACAGCCUUUCGACGCUCGCAGGAAGCCAUGUUGCGCUACUUUGCUCUCGGUCGUCUUUCAGACUUGGUGCCGCGCUCCAAGCAAGAAAUCGAAGACAAGGCAGUCAUGAGAGAAUUCGUGACCCCGUUCGUUACGAGAGCUAUGGAAGCCAAGAAUGAUCGUUCUGCUUCGAAUCUCGAUGAUCUUCCAGCUCCUGCCUAUACCUUUGCGUCCAGGCUGGCUGAAACCACGACAGACUUCGAUGCUAUUUCAGGUAAUCUGCUGAACAUCCUACUCGCAGGACGAGAUACGACAGCAAGUCUGCUUAGCAGCAUGUUCUUCGUCUUGUCUAGGAAUCCGAACAUUUGCGAGCGGCUGAAAAUGGAGGUGUCCGAAACAGUCGAUGUCAAUUGUGGACUGCCGACUCUGGAACAGCUCAGAUCCAUGCCAUAUCUCAAGGCGUGCAUCAAUGAAUGCCUGAGACUGUAUCCGCCGGUUCCUCGCAACUCUCGUACUGCUGUGCGGGACACAACCUUGCCAAGAGGUGGUGGACCGGAUGGUACACAGCCUCUAGGCGUUCCCAAAGGCACUCAGGUCGGCUAUCAGAUCUUCUCGAUGCAUCGAAGAAGGGACAUCUUCGGGGAGGAUGCAGAGGACUUUAUCCCGGAACGAUGGAUCAACCGCAGCCUUCGUCCUGGCUGGGGUUAUCUACCAUUCAAUGGAGGCCCAAGAAUCUGUCUCGGUCAACAGUUCGCCAUAAACCAAGCAUCCUACGUCACGGUGCGACUGUUGCAACACUUUGAAAGCCUGCAUGCGGCUGACGAGAAACCUUGGACGGAAGAUCUCGGUCUGAGUUGCUCCCUCAAACAUGGCGUUCGUGUCUUUGUCAGGGUCAAAAGCGAAGCCAAUCUGCAGAAGGAUGCGAGAUGUGGAUAA